AUGGUGGACCACAGGGGCCGGCCAGUGAUCCAGCCGCCGCCGCCGCCCCCGCCGCCGCCCCCGCCCGCGGCAGGCCUGCCGUCGAUCUGUCCCGUGGUCGGCUGCGGACGCUCCAUCCCAAACAGGAAGCGGUACAGCGAGCACAUGGCCUGGCACCGCGGCGAGACGGUCUGCAGUCUGUGCGGCCGGCGCUUCUCCUCCAAAUCCAACCUGCGCAUCCACCAGAGCACCCUGCACGGCCUCCACAGCGCGACCGAUUUCGCUGCCAUGAAGCGGGCUGUGGUCGCACGUUCGCAAACCGUCAGCGACUCGGCGAACAUCUGUCCUGGCACCGCGGCGAAACGACCUGUUUCGUCUGCGAGAGAAACCAUGCGUCUGUGUCCGAUAGCCGGCUGUGGCCGCGUCUUCCGGAACCGACAGCGGCGCAACGAGCACCUCUCCUGGCACCGCGGCGAGACCGUCUGCCAGAUCUGCAACAGAUACUUCUCGACCCGCUCCACUUUGCGCACGCACUUGCACAGCGUGCACAACGUGCCUCGCGGGGCUCUGGCCGCGAGUCUGACUCGGCUGCUGUCGGGCGGCUCGGCCGGCCGGCCGGAAGCUCCGUUCGCCUGUCGGCUCUGUGACAAGGUGUUCCGCGACGCGUCCAACCUGUCCCACCACACGGCCGUGCACCGCGGAGAGACCACAUGUCGACGGUGCUUCGCCGUGCUCGCCACCAAACGCAACCUGCGGGCUCACCUGGCCAACUGUCUGGGGCCCAAUCUGACGCCGCGCAGGAACUCAGCGAGGGCAGCCGAGGUCAGGGGCUCGGCGCCGGCGCCGCACGGACCGCGACCGCUCAGCUCCGAGCGCAGGGCGCACUGGGAGGGUCCGUCCGGAGCGGCGCAGGGGGCGCCACCGGCGGGGGAAACCGAGCCGACCCUCUGGUUCCAGUAG